AUGAGUAGUUUUGGGUUAGAUCCUCACACUGGACAUGUCAUAGCCGAUGUACUAGCUUGGGAGGAGUUGUUGAAGGGCAAACCAGAAUUUGGAAAGUGGAGGACCAAACUUUGUUCUCGCUAUGAUGAUUUGGAGGCUAUCUUUGGAAAUGAUUCUGCUACAGGAGAUCGUGUUGUAACCGGCAAUGACAUUUUAUGCCCCGAUCAUGAUGAAAAUGUGCAUGAAGUUGAUGAUCAAAAUGAGGAUACGGAUCCAAGCCCCAUUCGCGCUCCUAAGCGUAAUGCCGAAGGAGGAACUAACAAAGUUCGCCGUCAACGUACCCAACCUAAUGAUGAGAGUCUCGUUGCCCUAUCAAGCGUUGCCGAAUCAUCUAAAAAAAUUGCUAUUGCUAUGGAGACUCAAGCAACAUUAGAUACGCUAAACCACAUCAAUUGGCAGUUGGUUCUAGAAAAAUUACAAGGCAUGAGAUAUAUGGGGGAAAAUGAUAGAAAAGUGGACGAUUGA